UCCUGCGGCGCUUUUGGUCUCUCGAGGAGAUUGCUCCGAAUUCGGGUGGAUUGACGCCCGAGGACGAGAUGGCUGAGCAUUUGUUCGGGGAGGCUCACAGUCGCGACUCGCGAGGUCGGUGCGGGGUCCGGCUUCCUGUGGGACCGGAGCAUCCUAGGGUGGCUAACGAGACUGGAUCAAUGGCGCUUAAAUCUCUCUCUGGUAUGCAACGUCGACUGUCGCGAGACGCUAGAUUGGCUGAGGCAUACGGUAGCUUCAUGAGGGACUACGAACGCCUGGGACAUAUGACUCGAGUCCCGGCCUUAGAAAUACGGCGCGAGGACCAGGAUCUGCAGAGGGGUGUGUGGGCGACGAUCGCUGACGCCGGUCCUGUUGAUUACCGUUUGAAUGCUGUCGCGUGCGGGACGACUUGUGCCCCAUAUCUGGCCAUCCGCACGCUUUCGCAGUUGGUUAUUGAUGAGGGGGUUGACUUUCCUCUCGGAGCGGUGGUGUAAAUAUUGGUUUCUAGGCAGUCACGGCGUAAGGGAGAAAAUCCGUCGAUUCGGAGUUGGACGCGAGUGGUCCUGAGUGCACAUGGGGCGGCGUCUGGUUCCCUUCGGCGGGGACACUGGGUGUCCGUGAGUCCGAGCCGGGAUUCCGGCGUCUGAUUUGAUUGGAUUACAUGGAUCGGAUUGAUUAUCACUUCGGGUUAUCGGAAUCUCAGAAAGAAAUAAUUGACAGUUUCAGUGGCUUGGAUUCGAGUAUUUUGAGGAAUUGCGAUCUAGUAGAACGACUGAAUCCGACACGUGUGUUUUGUUAAUUUUAUUUUGCAGUUCAGGUUUGGGAAAUCUCUCGAGGGUAAUAAAAAACACGAUGACUACAGAUGUAAUCGAAA